GUGACGAUAAAAUCAUUUUAGGCGACGGGAAUCCGCUUCGUGACUAAGAGCAAUGAAAAGCACGAAAAAGCUAAAUUAGUUCGCUGCGGAUUUUUGACCAAAAAGCAUUUGGGAUAUUCGCUUUUGUUUCAAGUAAUUACGUUUACAUUUCGUGUGCCUACAGUAUCUGAAUCUAUUCUGUGCGCGCGUAUUCAUCUUUUUGUUGUGAUUUUAGAAAGUGGGACCUGAUUAAAAAUUGAAGUGGGAUCGAUUGCGCCCGCGACCGGACCCUUUUCUUUGUAACCGUAACGGCAGGGUGAGAGCGAAAUAAAUCGUUACGAAAUUAGAAGUUGUUGGUCGUGUCCUGAAAACUGAUCAGACGGAGUUCGGCGUGGAAUCCGCUUAAGGACUUGGUGAUUGCGUUCGGGAGUCCACUGGGCAGCCUCGGUCUCUUCUUGGCAAGCCGUGCUGAACUCACACCUGUGCAGCGGAAAUUAGAACGAGUGUGCGAACGGCGAUAGGGUGCAUGGUGCAAGUGCAAGUGAUCGGCGAAAAGUGGUAGCGGCCGUGAAAACUGACUCGAACCUGCUCCCAUUCCGCUCAUAUCGCGAGUCGCGUUGUAUGCGUGCAGCGGAUAUAGAGGAUUAUCUGAGAGCCACCGCCGAGCACAUUUCGGUAGCGAGCCCCAUUACAUCUUCAGUGCACCGAAAAAAUGUUAUAAUAUGGGCUACAUGUGUGAAGAACGGCAUAUACGUUUGAAAAUCCAAAAUAAACAAUUACAUUCCUGCGAACUUUUCGAGCCAUAUGAGUUAAAUGUUUACCGUCAGCAAAAACAACACGUAGAAGCAGAAGUGCAUCAUUCGUCAACAAAAGUUAAAAAGGAUUACUUGGACGAACUCACACAUUUUCUUGUAUCAAAAAUCGUAAGGUUAAGUCAUAGCAUAAAUAGUAAACCAAAUGUAAACUGCCAAAGCCACUGCUUGCGAUUCUACGCGGCGUCGAGCGUAAUUCUAGCGUUGUGCUACCUGACAACUUCUGUUACUGCUUCGGACUCAUCUCAUCCAAUAUUCGCCGAAGGAAAAUCGGAUAAGGAAAUUUUGGACCACUUGCUCAAAAAUUCUAGAUAUGAUAAGAGAUUAUUGCCACCUGUUGAUGAUGCUGAUUUUUGCUGCGGCAUGUCAUCCCCGGACAUGGCAAAUAAUUUGACCAAUGUCAUGGGUGGUAGCUCACCAGGCCGCUCUCAGAAUGGUGGUACACUCACCGUUAACGUAAAUGUUUUGCUGUUAAGUUUAGCAUCGCCAGAUGAAUCUAGUUUAAAAUACGAAGUAGAAUUUUUGCUUAACCAACAAUGGUAUGAUCCAAGACUACGAUACGCGAACCAAUCAAAAUAUGAAUUUUUAAAUGCUAUCCACCACCACGAGGACAUUUGGCUGCCAGACACAUACUUCAUAAUGCAUGGCGACUUCAAGGACCCGCUGAUUCCAAUGCACUUUGCAUUGAGGAUAUACCGGAACGGUACCAUUACGUACGCCAUGAGGCGACAUCUUAUUCUUUCCUGCCAAGGAAGCUUAAAUAUUUUCCCGUUUGAUGAUCCCCUUUGCUCAUUUGCAAUGGAAAGUAUUUCUUAUGAACUAUCACAUAUCAAAUAUGUGUGGAAAAAUGAUGAGGAUACAUUAAGAAAGAGCCCAUCCUUAACUACGUUAAAUGCUUAUCUAAUAAAAAAUGCAACCAUUACGUGCCCCAUCAAAGGCAGUUGGAGAGGUAAUUACAGUUGCCUCGAAGUCGACUUAACCUUCACAAGGGAUCGAGCAUUUUAUUUUACAACCGUAUUUAUACCCGGCAUAAUUCUGGUGACAUCGUCGUUCAUUACGUUUUGGCUCGAAUGGAAUGCAGUACCAGCCAGAGUUAUGAUUGGUGUAACAACAAUGUUGAACUUUUUCACCACAUCCAAUGGUUUCAGGAGUACUUUGCCGGUAGUAUCUAACCUUACAGCUAUGAACGUUUGGGACGGAGUGUGUAUGUGUUUUAUCUAUGCAUCGCUUCUAGAAUUCGUGUGUGUUAAUUAUGUCGGCAGGAAACGACCACUGCAUAAUGUCGUUUACAGACCAGGAGAGAAUCCCGUGACACAGCGCCUUCCAGCAGUUCUAAGCAGGAUCGGAAUCAUUCUUGCAAGCCCUUUGGAGGUGAUCGAACAAGAGUUCUUGGCAGCGGUCACAUCAUCGGAAAAGCCGAAACCGCCUAGCGAACAGCUCAAAAGAAAAAAUCCUUUGUUGUCUAGUAGCCAAGUGUGCUCCGAUGACAGGCCCAAAGAUAAUGCACUUCCCUCAGGAUCUGCUGUUACACUAACCAAAGAGAGGGGCAGCUCCUCCGUGAAUAUAGAGUAUCACCCUGAGAGAGGCGAGGCUUCUCUGAAAUCAUAUCCUGUCAAACCUCCAAGACGAAAAACUAGUCGAGUGACUGCAAUCGACAUUGACAUUGUGCCAACGAAGGAGUCCGUAGAGAUAACUCCCGAGACCGUAGAAUUGAAGAGCCUCUGUUGCGAUUCUCCGGGAGAGAAGAAGAGAGACGCAAGUGGUCCGAAUGAAAUUGUAGCCUGCACCAGUUGCGGAGGAGGUACCAGUCCAUGCACGCAUGCAGCAAACAAUGGAUGUGCUACUGAGACAUGCUUCGUGCAGGUGAGGAAAAAAGAGCCGCCGCAUCCAAUUCGGGUAGCGAAAACCAUAGACGUGAUUGCUAGGAUAACAUUUCCAACAGCUUACGCAAUUUUUUUAAUAUUCUUUUUCGUCCACUACAAAGGAUUUUCAUAGAGGUCGUCUAUAACAAUCAAUAUAUAUUAAUGUUAUUGCAAUUUCGCAGCACUAGAAACCACAAGACACCAAUGCGACGUUUCAUUUUAUUGUUUCAAUAGUUAUUUAUCAAAUCACGUAUACAUUGAUACUUAUAAUGAGAGUAAAUUUGUAAAACUUCUUGAAAAGCAAAUAAAUGCAACGUGUAACGAAACUUUCAAUUCUUCUAGUUGCUGGGACAUACUGACUGCCUUUUGUAUUAAUAAAUUAUUUUUUUAAAGUAGAAUGAAUUUAGUAAGAAGAAAGUAUUCGUACCGCAUAAGUUUAUAAGUAUUAAACAUUAAUUCAGAAUACUCGUACAACCUAGACUACAUAUUCGAUCACAAGUCAUGCUGAAGUACCAUUAAUGAUAAAUUAAAGGCAACUAAGCGACAAAAUUCAAAAUGAAACGAAAAUUAAUGCAAUUAUUCGAAAGCGAACUAAGUAAGCUGGGGCGCAAGCCCGCGGGUGUCACGGAAAUUGGAGCACUUUUUUGAAAUAAUUACUACAUUUCACUGUCAUUGAAUUUCCAAAUUACUAUUUUCUACAACUUACGGCGAAAGAGUAGAACGCAAGAUGAUCAAACAAAGCUAGUACGCAGUUCAGCCGCUAACUGGUAAUUUAGUGUUUAGACAAAUCUAGUUGCAAGUCCUUCCAGUAAAGGGGCUGACAGCUGUAGCAAUCACAGGGCAUGUGCAAGGCUCUUUGGACAAUUGUUUAUCAAUGAUAAUUCGCGAAUCAACAAAGUAAACUUCACUCUUUGAUUUUUAACAUAAAUAUUACGCAUAAGGAGGGUUGUUAAGAGGCUAUUUAAGAGAAUACGCAAGAGAAUUUCCAGCUUACCUUUAGGCACCUACUCGUAUCAUAGUGGACCAAAGUUUUCGAGUUGGUUCUUUUAACGUAUUGCCUCAAAAGAGUAAAGCACAUUCAGUAGGCAAUGUCCCUACAAACGAGCAGAAACGCGGCCAAACCAAGUAGGCCAGACCACGAUCAACAACGAAUGAGUCUGUUUGAGUAACUUAAUUGAAGAAAUGAAAAAGAUUAUGUAAUUUUUGUUUUCAACUUCUGUGUUUAAUAAAGAAGUACUAAAGUUAAAAA